GGCCCACUAAGCCUAAAUCACUAGUCCCACUCUUGAAGUGUCGACUUCCAUUUCCAUGGCCAUGGCCGAUGUAUUAAACCAGUGUCAUCAUCACCAGUCACACAGCCAAACAGGUUGUCAUCUCUUUGAAAGCGAUUCAUUUCAGAAAUUCAAACUUGUUGCAUUUGUUCAUGCUGACUUCUGAGGCGUAAUAACUCGCGCCAUUAAUACCCCCAACGACCCAAAACUCAUCGUAAUUCAAUUCUUCAGUAGUACUACUCAAGUCAGUGUCAGCAGGAGAAGAACCCUGUGCUAGUCUCUAUUUCUUCUCACUCCACAACAGUAAAAACUUUCGUACAAUUUCACUAACUUAACCUCGCAAAUUUUUUGAAAUGAAAACUCACUGCUCAUCUCUCUCAAUCAAAUGGCCAAUAAUCUCACUGAAACAAUUUUUAAAAAGAAAAAAUAAAAACACACAGCCCCCAUUUUAAAGAAAGAACCCUUUUUUCUCAGUCUCGCCCCAUGUGUCAAAUAAAUAUUUUUUGUCUUGUUUUUACGUACUGAACACCACAUUUAUGAGUCUUUCUUUUUUAUUCUGUGAAUGAAAUGAAAAGUGUCAUUAUUUAUGGAGGAAGAAACUUGAGAGUGUUUCUUUUCUGGGUUUUGGGGAAAGAAAGAAAAUAAGAUUAUAUAUAUAAAUAUAUUAAUAGAGAGAGAGAGAGAGAGAGAGAGAGAGAGAGAGAGAGAGAGAGAGAGAGAGAGAGAGAGAGAGAUGUGUGAUUUUAUUGUAGGAAGAGGAGGAGUUGGAGAUGAUGAUGAAGCAUGUGGGAAGAGAUGGAAUGGAGAUUCUUGGACUGGCUUACUUGUUCAUGGUCAACACAGACGCUCUAAGAGUGCUUCAGACAGGAGCUCCAAAGUUUUGAAAGGUGGAUCCUCGAGUACCUCGAAUGACAACAAUGAAACAGAUGUCUCAUUUCCUUCAACAAGUGCUUCUAAUGGACGAGAAUCACUACACGAAAACUCUACUUACAUCAACAAGAAUAUGUCAUCAAAGCACCGAGCCUCCUUAGAAAAAGAUAUUGAGCAGUUGCAGUCGCGUUUGCAACAAGAGAAAUCAAUGCGCAUUGUUCUUGAGAGAGCCAUGGGUCGAGCUUCAAGUACUUUAUCUCCUGGACAUAGGCAUUUUGCUUCUCAGCAACAGACAAAGGAAUUGAUUGCUGAAAUUGAGUCGCUUGAAGAAGAAGUUGCAAACCGAGAGCAGCAGGUUCUCUCGCUAUAUAGAAGUGUAUUUGAGCAUAGUGUGAGCAGACCACCUUCUGAGCAGAACUCAGUUGUGGUUUCUCCUGCACAUCCAAAGCACGAAUCCAGGAAACAUCCAAGUAUCAUUUCGAGUGCAUUCUGUUCCUCUAAAAACUUCCCUUUCCGACCAUUGCAAGCUCUUGUUUCUAUAGAUGAUCCUGGGAAAAGACACUCCAAAAUUGAUUCUGCAAAGAGUGUUCCAGGCUUACCCAAGGUUCGGCCAAUGGAGAAAACUUCUAUACUAAGAACCCUCAGAGAUCAUCUCCACCAGUGCCCAAGCAAGUUGUCUGAGGAAAUGGUCAGGUGUAUGGCUGUUGUAUACUGUUGGCUUCGCAGUGCAGCAUCUGUCAAAACUGAAAAAAACAGAUCACCUAUGUUGUCAAGGUCCUCCACCAAUGUUGUACAGCCUCGGCGUGGGGUUGAGGAGGACCAAGAUUUGUCUGGAAAGUCAACAGUUGAAAUAUUAUGGAUAUCAACUGAUAAGGGCCAAUUUUCUCAUGCUUCUUAUGCCAUCAACAACUACAGAGUCUUAGUUGAACAGUUGGAGAGAGUGAAUGUCAGGCAAAUGGAACCCAAUGCCCAGAUUUCAUUUUGGAUCAAUGUCUACAAUGCUCUUGUUAUGCAUGCAUAUUUAGCAUAUGGCAUUCCCAGCAGCUCUUUGAGAAGGCUGGCCUUGUUUCACAAGGCUGCUUACAACAUUGGAGGUCGUGUCAUCAGUGCAAACACCAUAGAGCAAUCGAUAUUUUGCUUUCGAACGCCCCGGGUUGGAUGGUGGCUUGAAACCAUCCUUUCAGCUGCCUUAAGGAAAAAAUCUGGCGAAGACAGACGACUCAGUUCAACGUUGGGUCUUCCGAAUUCUCAACUCCUAGUCUGUUUUGCCCUCUGUACUGGAGCUUUUUCAGAUCCUGUGUUAAGAGUCUACACAGCCUCAAAUGUUAGAGAAGAAUUGGAUGAAGCUAGGAGACAGUUUCUUCAAUCAAACGUAUUGGUAAAGAAAUCAAAGAAAGUAUUUGUACCAAAGAUGCUUGAAAGAUAUGCAAGAGAAUCAUCGUUCAGCUCAGAUGAUCUUCUGAAAUGGAUCACUGAAAAUGUGGACAAGAAGCUCCAUGACUCAAUACAGAAAUGUCUCGAAUGUAAGCCCAUCAAGAAGGCAUCUCAGAUCAUAGAAUGGUUGCCUUACAGUUCAAGGUUCCGAUAUGUUUUCUCGAAGGACUUGACCGAGAAGCCGUGGUGGCUGUGACUUUUUCCUAAAAUACUUGUAGAACCAUAGAAGCUUUCUAAACUAUCAGAGCCAUUGACAACUUCUUGGUAGUAGGAACUAGUUAUACAUUACCUUCCUCUUCUUUAUAUGCUUCAUUCAUCUGAUCUUUGAUUUUCUCAGCUGCCACUAUGUAACCUAUAUAGAUUCCAAAGUUGAUCCUGGUGUGGUUCAUUGUAAUUAACUAAAAUAUUUUCAAUAAUGAUUUGGGUUUUUUUUUCA